AUGCUCGACAACAAGGACGCUUUUCUCAUUCACAUUCCAGUGGGUUGAUAAAAGCUGCUAUGAUGAAAGUUUCGCUGCUCGUCCUGAGUGUUCUUGUAGUGAUACUUUUCUUGCACACCUUACACUACAGUGAGGCGUCCGAAAUCUCUCAAGUACUGGACAGAGAAAUUCGAGAAUUAAGAGAUGCUAUUGAAAAGAGACGAAAGCGUAAGCCCUGUGGAUUUACCUGGAACUUGAGGAAGUGUAAAAGCCGUGGAAAGCGGAGUUAUAGGGACAAGAGGAAUGGAAUAGCUCAGCAAUCAACAUCAUUUAGUUCAUUUGUACCCGAUGAUAUGGAUGCCUUGUUUAACGACUGGAUAACUGAAGAGUAAUGCGUCAUGAUAUACCUUCACAACAUUAAAAAUAUUAAUUUAGAGCGAAAUGUAGUAAUAUUGAAGCAAUCAUCUUGAUCACAUUAUUUGGCAUGGUGUAGGUAACCACGCCUAGUUAAAAAUUGUGAACUGAAUCGUGCAAUGUAUAAAGAAAUUAGCCCUCAUCACUUUUCCAUGCAAUGGUUCGUAAAUGUAUAGGAAAAGGACAUUAUCAUGAUUCUUUCAAUUAUAAUUUUUUCAAUUAUUUUAUUUUAUUAUUGAUAUAUCAACUAUUAUAGACCAACG